UUCUAUAAAUCUCUCAAACCCUUUAACGCCAAAAUCUUCAUCAUUCACACUUCAAUUAUUCAAUUCAUCAACUAACAUGGAAAUUGAUCCUCUCCUAUUUCUUACCCAAGAAGACUUCUCUCACUUCUAUGACUACCUCAACGAAGAUGAACCUCUCGAAGGACAAAACAAACAAAAUAACAACGACAACAACAUUAAGAAUCUCCUAGCUUCACUCAUUCUCUUAGAACAAGAAGAAAAUACAGAACAACAAAACCAUUUGGUCGAGUCACUGCAACACAAAUCCAUAAUCAAUUCCAACUUCAACCACCAAUCUCAAACCACUAACCAUUACAUGGAACAAUUUCAACACCAUCACACCCAAUUUGACAAGCAAUUCCAUCACACCAGAACAAAAAAAUCUCGUCUCUAUGCUUUUGCAGCUGCUUCAGUCAUUUCCGGUUCAGUUAAACCCGGUUCGGACCAACCAGGUUCGGACCAACCAGGUUCAAUUAAUAUAGAAAAUAACCAGCCACGUCAGCAGCACCCGCGGAGGCUAUGGAUGAAAGACCGGUCGAAAGACUGGUGGGAGAAUUGCAACCGUGGCGACUUCCCGGAGGAAGAAUUCCGGCGGAAUUUCCGAAUGAGCAAAUCGACAUUCAACAUGAUAUGCAACGAGCUCGAUUCAUCGGUAACAAAGAAAAACACAAUGCUACGAGACGCGAUUCCGGUUCGCCAGCGAGUAGGAGUAUGCAUAUACCGUCUUGCAACUGGCGAACCGCUUCGCCUCGUUUCAAAAAAAUUCGGUUUAGGAAUAUCCACGUGUCACAAACUUGUCUUAGAAGUUUGUUCCGCUAUUAAAACUGUUUUAAUGCCAAAAUUUAUCCGUUGGUUCAACAGAGAAACACUGAAAAAAACGAAAAAAGAGUUUGAGGGUAUGUUUGGUAUUCCAAAUAUAGGUGGCGCAUUGUACACCACUCAUGUUCCUAUUAUUGCACCUAAAGGGAAUGUUGCUAUGUAUUUAAAUAAAAAACACACCGAAAGGAACCAAAAAACGAGUUACUCAAUAACUGUUCAAGGAGUGGUUAAUAGUAAAGGGGUUUUUACUGAUGUAUCCAUUGGUUGGCCCGGUUCAAUGUGUAAUAAUCACGUUUUGGAGAAAAGUGCUUUGUAUAAGAGAGCUAAUAGAGGAAAUUUAAAAGAUGUUUGGAUAGUUGGAAAUUCGGGUUAUCCAUUAAUGGAUUGGAUUUUGGUACCUUAUACACAUAAGAAUCUGACGUGGACACAACAUUUUUUUAAUGAGAAAAUUGGAGAAAUUGAGAAUGUUGGUAAGGAAGCGUUUGGAAGGUUGAAAGGAAGGUGGGGAUGUUUGCAAAAGAGAACGGAGAUUAAGUUGAUGGAUUUGCCUGUUGUAAUUGGAGCUUGUUGUGUUCUACAUAAUAUUUGUGAGAUUAUGAAUGAGGAAAUGGAUUAUGAGUGGAAGUUUGAGGUAUUUGAUGAUGAGAUGGUUGUUGACAGUUGUGUAAGAUCGGUUAAUUCUAUGUUGGCUAGAGAUCAAAUUGCUCAUUCUUUGUUUCACCAUGGCCGUUCUACCACUACUUUUUUGUAGCUCUUUUUUAUCUCUAUUAUAAUCUUUUGAGUUUUGGUUGUUUAUUUUUGUUUUUUUAAUAUAUAAAAAUAUAGAUACUUUAGAAUAUAAGAUUGUAAAAUG